GGGGGGGCGCGGCCUGUGCGCGAGGAGCCGUGUGGCGGCGCGCGGGCUCUCGGUGUCUCCGGCCGGACCGGGCCCAGCGCAGCCCCAGCCCCGUCACGGGCCCCGCCGCCCGCCCGCGACCCCGCCCGACCCCGCCCGGCCCCCGGCCCGCUCAAUGCCCAGGGUGUUCUGUUGGAGGAUACUUGGCACAUUUAUGGCGAUUCUGAGCGUCAGGGCAGACUUCUGCCAGGCCCAGCACAGCACCCUGGCUGCCAAGUGAGCUCAGGGGGCUCCCCACGUGUGUGUGCGUGCCACAAUUCCCCUUUUUGGCCUUCAAGACUCCAGGAACGUGGCUCAGAUUUAUGGGAUAUCUCCUGCCCCCUUGGAAACAGAUUCCUGUCACUGACUCUGGCAGAACUCAGCACCAGGAAAAGCAAGUGGAGACAAAGCCCUGCCCUUACUCCUCACCAGUGCCUCGAUGUAGAACAGGCUGCCUAGCCUCACCUGCAGUGGGAAUUUUGGGAGUCUGAAGGAUAACACCCCGCCAGAAAUUGAGGAUUCUGAAGCAAACCUGCUUUUUCGAGGAGCAAAACCCGUGAGGAACAAACCCAUCAAAGCAAGCUCUGAUCAAUCCCAGGCAUAUUAGUGGUCUUUUUGAUGUUUUCUGCUGUGAAGUGUUUCCAAGGUCAUUGAUUUUUAUUUUUUUUUCCCCCCUUUUUAUUUUGAUUUUUCUUUCUUUUUUUUUUUUCCUUUUUUUUUUCCUUUUUUUUUCCUUUUUUUUUUUUCCUUUUUUUUUUCCUUUUUUUUUCCCUUUUUUUUUUUCCUUUUUUUUUUCCUUUUUUUUUUUUUCUUUUUUUUUUCUUUGUCCCCCUCACACAUUUUCUUGGCCAUUAUGAACCGUCCAGCCCCUGUGGAAAUUACUUAUGAGAAUCUACGUUUCCUGAUCACUCACAACCCAACCAAUGCAACCCUCAGCAAGUUCAUCGAGGACUGGCCGUUUGAUGAUGGAGCACCACCCCCCAGUCAGAUCGUGGAGGACUGGCUGAACCUUUUGAAAACCAAAUUUCGGGAGGAGCCUGGAUGCUGCGUGGCUGUUCACUGUGUGGCAGGGUUGGGGAGGGCUCCUGUUCUGGUUGCACUCGCUCUCAUUGAAUGUGGAAUGAAGUAUGAGGAUGCAGUUCAGUUUAUAAGGCAGAAAAGGAGGGGAGCUUUCAAUUCCAAACAGCUGCUUUAUCUGGAGAAAUACCGGCCCAAGAUGCGAUUACGCUUCAAAGAUGCCAACGGUCACUGCUGUGUUCAAUAAAUAAACACACACCAAACAAAAAAAUGAUCUCAAAAGGAAGGCAGAAGUGAGCAGGGGGCUCUUCUAUGGACUUUUGGCACCUGGAAAUGUGAAUCUGGAAUGGAAAAAAAAGAAAAAAAAGAAAAAAAAAAGUCAUCAAAUUAGUGGUGGAGUCAGCGUUCCUCAACCUCUGUCCUUAAAAAAAAAAUAUUAAAUAAAAGGGUGAUGAUGAUUGAGAGAGAUAAAAAAAACCCCAAAAUGAAAAAAUAUAUAAUAAUAAUAAUAAUAAUAAAACCCAAUUAAGAGAAACAUUUCAGUGAAGGAUUGUUUUCUCCUUAAAGCUGCAAGGAGAAAAGCAGUUUCUGAAACCUUCUGUAUUUUUAACUUUUUAAAAAAAGAAAUAAAGUCAACUUUAUGUCUAAGGAAAAA